CGGUGCCCCGCGGCCGGAGGCCAAUGACGGCCGGUGCCGUCACGGCGCCGCGUCACGCGGGCGGCCGCCAAGAUGGCGAAGGUUUCGGAGAUGUACGACGUGACCUGGGAAGAUAUGCGUGAUAAAAUGAGAAAAUGGAGGGAAGAAAACUACCGAAACAGUGAACAGAUAGUGGAUGUUGGAGAGGAGUUAAUUAAUGAAUAUGCAUCUAAGCUUGGAGAUGACAUUUGGAUAAUAUACGAACAGGUGAUGAUUGCUGCCCUGGACUGCAGUCGAGAUGAUUUGGCACUGUUUUGUCUUCAAGAACUAAGGAGGCAGUUUCCUGGGAGCCAUAGAGUUAAGCGAUUAACUGGAAUGAGAUUUGAAGCUAUGGAAAGGUACGAUGAUGCCAUCCAAUUAUAUGAUAGAAUUUUACAAGAGGAUGCAACCAAUACAGCAGCAAGGAAGCGUAAGAUUGCCAUUCGAAAAGCCCAGGGGAAAAAUCUUGAGGCCAUCCGAGAGCUGAAUGAGUAUCUGGAACAAUUUGUUGGAGACCAGGAAGCUUGGCAUGAACUUGCAGAACUUUACAUCAAUGAACAUGACUAUGCAAAAGCAGCCUUCUGCUUAGAGGAGCUUAUGAUGACUAAUCCACACAACCACUUAUAUUGUCAGCAGUAUGCUGAAGUUAAAUAUACUCAAGGGGGGCUUGAAAACCUAGAGCUAUCAAGAAAAUAUUUUGCACAAGCACUGAAACUUAACAACAGAAAUAUGAGAGCUUUGUUUGGGCUUUACAUGUCUGCAAGCCAUAUUGCCUCCAAUCCAAAAGCAAGUGCAAAAAUGAAAAAAGAUAAUAUGAAAUAUGCCAGCUGGGCAGCAAAUCAAAUAAAUAGAGCCUACCAGUUUGCAGGUCGUAAUAAGAAAGAAACUAAAUACUCCCUGAAGGCAGUGGAAGACAUGUUGGAGACCCUGCAAAUCACUCAGUCUUAAGUUGGCACAGAGUGGUCCAAUAUUAAAUUUUCAGAUUCUUUGAUCAAACUUUAAUAACUUCUGGGUUAUGUUACUCCAGUACUGUUAAAAAUUAAUUUUGUAUUGAUUAAUGUGGCUAUAUAAAAUAAUCCUGACAAGUAAAAUGCCUAUUUAUUGCUGCUAUUUGAAAUGUGAUGAAUACCCACUGAAAUGAGUAACUUAUCAAAGUAGAUGACAUAAAGAAAUGUAAUGAGUUGCACAACAGUCUCUUUAGAUUUUGUAUGUACAGUACCUGCUUUUAAGCCAUAAUUUGUAGAAAUAAACUUGUUAAAUGACUAAAAGGAAUUACAGUGAUGUAUUGAACUUGUCAAUGGAAGCUACAAAUUUAUAUAUGGAGAUUAAUAACAUAUGUUAGAAAAUGUUAUCUUACUUGAAUAUUUAAGAGUUAAAGCAUGCUACAGAUGUAUAAUUUGUUAACUAUUUACCAUACGAGAAGAGAUUAUUUUGCAUGAAUACACUUUAUUAGGGGAAAACAUUAAUGAUUUUAUGAAUUAUUUGAUAUCUGCUGCUGUAGAAAUGGAGAGAACUUUUUUGUAUACAUUUCUUCAGAGGGUGUCCUGUACUGGCUUACGGCCAAAGACAUUUGUCUCUGUGGCUUUGUGGGCAAAUGUUUCCAUGUCCACUUAGUUCUCCAAUCAGUAAAUAUGUGUGCUUCUUUUAUUUCUUUUUUUUAACUCCUUCUGUGUGUCCUUUGUUGUACACAUGUUCCACAUCAUGAAUUUAAAAACCAUCUGAAUACAGGGACUGCCUGCUGGUCUGUUCUAAUUUUACAGUACCUACAGUACUGCUGCAAGCUAUGGCAUAUGAGCUCCACGGUAACCAGGUGUUCUGCACUGUAGGGUUGUUCUACUGCCUUAUUCUUACUGGAGAAUGCAAGUAUUUUUACAUCCAUAAGCAUGAAAGAUCUAGUGCACUGUAAACGUGUGUCGUGUUUGUCUUUUAGGAGCUUGUUUGUUUACUCAGAUAACUAGCCAAGCACCUUAAUCCACACAUUUUGCAGUUCUGGUAAUUUUGUCUUGUGCUCCUUCUGUGGCACAGCUAUCAUUUAUGACAGCUUCAGUCAUGUUACACAACGGCAAUGUAAGCCUGACACAUUCAAAUAAAAGUAAUUGCAGUGUCAUUUUCCUGAUUGUUCCUAGCACCCAAACUGAUCAGAUCUCUGAGUUUGCACUGCUUCCUCUAUAUAGGUUAAAGUCUGUGCAUUGAAAUGUCCAUUCUAUAGCCUUGGGAUUGGAGUAAUAAAGCUGAGCUCUUGCUUAAAAACAAAGCGUCAACAAAAACUUCCCCUGUGGGUUCAAAACUUGAAAAUGGUGGUUGCAUGAAUUCAUGCCUUUAGGAAACAUAAGACCUCAUUCUUAGUAUCUAUGAAAUACAUUAUAAGCAGUGAAUAUAAUAGUGUGACAGGAUGAGUGCUAUGCCCUGAGAGUAAAGUGUGUCUAGAAUCCUACAUUAACUUGUUUCAGUGCUUAGGAAUUACAGAACUGCUAUUACUGUGCAGUAUUUUUAUUAAAUUACCUAGUUUUAACCUGUAGAAAUUUUAUAAGGUUAUUUUUGGGUCGGUUAGUGAAUUAAUGUUUGCAGAUAUAUUAUAUAUAUUUCAGGUGGAAACCCAAGUCAAUCUCAUACGUAAAGCUGUGUGCAUUUCCAUUCAGAUUUGUUCUCUUUUACUGUAUGAGUGUGCCAUCUAGAGUUUUAAAUCCUCAGUAGUCUUGUUUUUAUUUUACCUACAUCUCCAAUAAUUUGGUUGCAUUCUAAAGUGAAAAAUGAUGGGAAGCUGUACUGUAGGAAUCACUUAGACUAAGGAACAGUUCAGUAACCGGAGUUUAUUCAGUACAGUUGGUAUUUAGCCUCCUAUUAUAUUCCCUUCCUAAAUGUAAAUAUACAUUUACAAAAUAAAGGGAAUAUUCAAUAAAAACCUGUGUGGAAGUGUUACGGUAGACACUGUAGCACAAAGAAACUGAAGUUGAUCUUUUGAGUUUGAAGUGCAGUAGAAGAUACAUGUUGUAAAGCUUCACUUUGAGAGUUAUCAAACUGAUUUGUAUGAAGUGAUAAAUGCUAUUGAAGCAUUUUGCAGCGUGGAAUUUGUCAUGAUGAACAGCUCACAUAUAUUUGUCACUUACACAAGGAAUUUGAAUUAUGCAGCUGAGGUUUAUGAGAUUUUAACUCCAAACUACUGAAAAAAAAUGGCAGCACCGAAUUAUUGCGCAGGAGGCAACUAAGGUGCUGGAAAGAUACAAGGUGUUGUAUCUAAUGCUUUAUUCAGAGGCAAUUUAUAACAAGGAAUUUAAGUACAGGACUUAGAUAUUCUGUAAAGAAGUUUCAGAGGUUUGUUGGUAAAUUCUAUAUAGUUGACCACUUCAAAACUUGUAAUUUAGAUUGCUGCUUAGGAUCUUUCUCAUGCACUCUGAUUUGUGCUUAUGUUUUGGCAUAACUCUUCCACAGUAGAGUUUACAAAUUGGACUAGCAAGUAUUUAUGGUAUAUUUAUAUUUACUUCAAAAAUAAAUUACUCCUAUGAAAAAAUGCAUGGGCAGUCUUUCAUGCAACUGUUGAGUUGCAGCAAUGGAAACACAGUUUUGUUUCUAUAUUUAUAUGAGAAAAAAACUGACUUUCUUUGUCUGCAGAGAAAAGAAUGGUAUGAAAUGCCCUGCACUUUCAGCAAGCAAAGGUACACAAAUGAAACUGAUAGAAUGUGAUCUUUAUAGAAUUCAGUUUCCAGUCCAACUCAGUGAUUCUGUCAUUUGUCGCUGACGCUGUCUUGCGUUAAAGAAUGUGUUCAAAGAAUGGGUUACUUAGUUAACAAAUGAACUUGAUUGUCCCUUUUUGUGCUCUGACAGCAACAAAUGCUACAUAAAAAUGUUAUCAAGUAUGCAGUCUCCAAAAUAAAAGGCUGUGCAUUGUUUCAGUUAACAGAAAAGAACUUGAGGCCUUUGCAAUUAUCAGCGUAUAGCAAUGAUUUGAGUCUUUUGAUUGUGCCUUUAAUAGUAGGCUUGAUGUGGGGGGCGAAGUCUUAUCUGUUGAAGUAAGGGUCAUUGAAGAGCUAGCUAAAGCUUUGGUGUAGCAUUUGUAAUACAAACUUCUGGUGACUUUUUCUGGUCUUUUUGCCUAAAUGUUAUACAGUUUAUAUUCUCUUGUUGAAAAAGUACUCGUUUAGAAUAUAUCCCUAAAUCUCUGAAAUUUGGAGCCCAGAGUAUCUUGCAGUUGCUAUUGGAAACUGUUAUUGGUCAACGGAGGACUUCCUCUUGGCAGCUUUGUAUUUGUGAUGGCAUCCAUGUUUGCUAGUCACUGCAUUUGCAGUGGAACUUGUGUUUCAGCCAGCUUCAGAAGGGAGUGGGAAAGGAAAGCAAAUUAAACUUGACUUACUGGCAUGAAAUUGUUAGCUUCUUGUUACUUGCAGCCUCAUCUUCCAAGAACACCAACUGUAGCUGUAAUCAGGUUUGCAGUAAUAAUCCUGCUUGUAACUCAAGAGCUUCCAUAUUUUCAGCUGUAAAACCGGUGCUCCAUUAAAAUCUAAAAUAUACCAAUUUCAGUUAAACAGUGCUGUGCAAUGUGCACUUAUGCUGGAGCUGGUGGACAGAGCAGAGCAACUCUCCCAGCCUCACUCAUGUUAGUGUUGGAGUAGGGGAGCGUCAGAACAAUUGUUUAAUGUUGGGACUUUUUUCUCUAGGAAACUAAUGCUACUCUAAGCAGUGUUUCGAGACAUAACAUUACUCGCAUUGCUGACUGCUUGAACAGAACGUUAGGACUAACUAUUAUUUAAUCACAGAUGCUUGGGUCUUUGUGGAGAAUAAAGUACUUGAUAUUAAUCUUAUCUGGAAUAACUGUGGACCCAGAGAGGCCGACAUCUUCCUGAUAGGCACCAGCUGGAAGUUAGAUUUAAGCCAGAAGCUAGUUUUCAGAAAUGGACAGUAAUCUACCUGCCUCUUCAUGAACAAGCAAACAAAAAACUCAGAAGCACACCAAAAAAGCACCCACGUUUGGUAAAGAGUUGUUUUCCAGAUGCUGAAUAUGAAAUGGAAGACCUUUAUCCAUAAAUUUAGUAGGUUAUUUUAAUUUAAUUUGUUCUGUGAUUAGAAAGCCCUCCCUUCAAUAUAAAGUAAUGCCAACCUUUGAACGCUUGCCUAGAAUGCAGAAGGGCUAGAGUGCAGUACAACUUGCUCAGCCGGUGUGCCACACUAGGACUCUAUGACAAGUUUGAAAGAAAAUGUCAUUCAUUUAGGGUCCCACAAGUGAGUAUUCCUGGUGUGCAGGCAUCUGUCAGCUGAAAAGAGCUGAAUAAAACGAGACCAGUACAGCCUAUCAUCUGCAGGUGGGUGGUCAGAGCCCUAGCUCCCAAAUCUUCAUCCAGCCAUCAGCAGGUUGCACAUCAGCAUCAAUCUGCCUGCAGGAAUUCUGCCCUUCUAGAGACUUUCAUCAGCAUUUUACUUCUACCCCCCUUGGCCUCUGCCUGGUAGGAUUCUUGCAGAUGAUUUAUGCUGAAGUGCAGCCUUACCAGUUUCACUGGAAGGUGCUGAGGUGUGAGGGUAGAGGUGAAUCGUUUUGCUGAAUAGAUCCUGGAUUUUAAAAGCUUUUACACUUUCUUAACUUCAGUUGAGUGAUUAGUGCACACCUAAGGGUUGGAACAAAACCAUUUACCUUGUACUGAAAGGACAUCAAGCAACAAGACCAGUCUGCUUAGCUUGUUAUGGAUGCUUGAUAAAGAAUGUCAGUGGAUUUUAUCAUGCUGAACCAUGUGCAAAUGUGUAGCAAGAUCUGUUGUUUGUGGUGUCUGUAGUUUAGUUCUUGCCAUCACUGGACUGUCUUGUGUGUGUGAGAGAGCAUGGAGUGAAAACUUGGUGAAAACAUUUCCAGAUGGGAAGCCCUUUGUUCAAGGUCAGAGAGAUGGAUGAAGGGGCACCUUUUCGGUUUGUAUGAGUCAGCGUAGGUCCAGUAGUUCUCUUUCCUGUAAAAGAUCACAAAGGAUGCUUCAUUUUUGUGUGGCGUAAAUAGUGGAAGGUAUAAAACUAUUUAAAAAAAAAAGAAAUCCUGAAAAAAAAAUCUAUGUACUCCUCUUCCUUUAGCUGUUUUCAGUGUGACCUUGUUGAUGUUAGGAUUUGUCAUGCCAUUUGGAUAGCACAUAGGCAUCCGCCUCAGGGCUGCCAGUGCAGAGAGACACAUUUAGAGUGACUGUUCUCUUGGGAAAAGUUAUUGAUGGGCUUCCAUCAUUGCAGGUCAUGACCUAUUUGCAUUGGCAAUAGAAGCACUACUUGCCCCAUUGUCAGUACUUGCUUAAAUAAGAUUCCUCUUAGGAUUAAGGCCAGUUUUCCCUAAAGAACCAGGGAUCUUUUCCUCAAAUGUAAAUGGUUGUAUUCUGUAGCAAGAUUUUAGCUUUUGGACAUGGUGUUUGGAAGUGAAACUUUAAACCAGGCAGAUGUAGUCCUCCAGGGAAGAGGCUGCAAAAAUCAGCACUGAAGCAAUUUCAGAAAAGUGAGCAGCAAGUAAAAUUAACCAUUACUUGUGUUUAUUUAGGUAAUUGAGCUUGACACAGUGGUGUGUCUGACAAGUUGGUUUGUGUUUUUUAUUCCGUUAAGUACAGAUAUGACACUCAAAGCUGUCAUUGGCCAUCUGAGACGGAUUGUUUCAGUUUAGACUUUGGAAAUCAGUAACUGUGAAUAGAUCGCCGUGUGGGCAGCAGCAUAACCAGAACACUUCUUCUGGACAGCUGUUGCAGUAUGUUUUGUUUCUUAGAAUCAAGAAUGAAAAACAUGAAAAAAAUCUAUUUUACUGUCUAUUAAAAGUCAGUAAUAUGCUGUGUCCUUUUUACUCAUUUACAUUUUCUUCACUGAAUAUUUAAUGGGUUGUUUGGGCAUUAUUUAUUGGCAUGCUUUAUUGUGAGCUGGCAAUGUGUUUGAAAGAUUCAGAGAGAGAAUGAAAAAUCUGAAAAUAAUGUAAAACCUUGGAAUUGCUGACUGAAAUUGAGAUGAAUUAUUUGUAAAAUGAACAGAGAAUUUCUGUUUUGGACAUCAUAAGAACAUUUAGUGAAUUGUAACAAUGUUCUAAUUGUAGCCAGGCCAAGCUUUUUGAUCAAAACUUCCCAGAAAUGUGAUGUCUGCAUGGAGCCAAAAACUCUAAUAAACGCUUAAGUAAAUUUUGAUUUAGUUAAGUGUAGGCCUCACCCAGCCUAAGGAAGAAGCUUUUGCUAAUAUGGAUAUUUUAUUCUUCUUGGGAAGCUCCCAUAUUCAAGUAACAUUGAGCCUGAUUAGUCAUAUGAAAGAAGUGAGUACACCUAUUAUCAGCAUAGUUUCAUGGAACAACAAGGGUUUUCCAAACGCAGACUGUCUUCUUAGUAAAGCAGAGAUGUAGAUGUGGUCAUUUGGGAACAAAUUUAAGAGAGGAAAUCGAUGGAUGAUGCCAUCAUUUUGUGAGGGAAUUGGAUGAAGAAGUCUAUCGAGAGAUUUAUGUGUUUUUCCUCAGGCCCCUUUUUGUAAAGUAUGCUGAAGAAAAAGCCCUCUGCAGAGAAGGCUCGUUUAGAUUGGCUGCAUUUCAGCUAUUUAACUAUUUAACAGAAAGUGAAUUUUGACAAGUGCCAGUCCAACAGACUGAUGAGCAGCUGAUACUAAUGCAGGAUCAGGGUCCUGUUUGGGUUCCAAGCAAAGCACCUGGGCCAUCGGUAGCUGGGUGGUGGGGCUUGCCACUCAGCUCUAACAUCUGCCUUUAGGACAUGAGCAACCUUUUACACGUCCUUCCAGUGCCUCCUCAUGCUGUACAACAUUCUGAAUGCCUUUAUAACAUGAAUAGUACUGUAAAAUAAAUAAAUAAAUAAAUCUAAUGAUUUGCUGGUUCAGAAGGGAUUGAUAAUCUGAUUUAUUCACAUCAGCUCUAGCCAAUGUAUGUACAAACUUUUUUUCUUUUUUUUUUUUUUCUUUUUUUUUUGUGAGCUUAGAGGCCCUAUUUCUCAGUAUUUAGACAACAAAGUAACGCACUGAAUUCUUAAAGUCAUAGCUUCCAUUUGGCCUUGCUUGCACAUUUUUUAUUCCAUUUUUUGAGAAUCGGACCACAUAUUUAAGCGCUUAAGUGCUUAGACAUGGAUUUGAUUCUUAAAUUUCGGCACCAGCUUUUCUUUUUUCUCCUAAUCUUUCAUUUGCCAAACUUUUAAAUGGAAGCCUAAUGAUAGUUUUCUAAGAGUCUCUGGCUGUGUAUUUGUAAACUAUUGAAAAAUACCUUUUUGUAUAUGGACAUAUACAUCUAUGUGUUGAAUCACAGGAAGAAAGCAGCAGAUGUGGUAGGUAACUGAUACAAUAAGAACAACAUUUGGACCAAAUUAGUGCAAGGACAGCUGUGAAGACUGGAAUGAUAGAUUUCAAUGAGGUAAAAUUCUGCUUGAAAUACAGAAGUAACAAAGUUUGUGCUGUGACAGGUUCUGGAGCCACGUGGUCAUUUCUUCAUGCUCCUUCCCUUGCUGCAGCCUCUUUCCUGUUGUCUCCCACUGGUAACAUCUUUUGCUGUGUUUUUGUGGGGCAGGAUUUCUGUUAUUAUGCUGUGACCAUCCGCGACAUGCCCAAGAACUGAGAGAUGAUAUCUAGCUACUUCAGGGUGAUUGUUUUCCCUGUUGUUUUGUUUCCAUUUCAGUGGUGGGUGAGGACUUGGGGCGUAUUCUUUGGCAGUGAGCAGAAAAUAUCAGAAGGCUACCAGAUGUUGGCAAUCUUCACCUAUUUCUGAUCAUUUCGAGUAAAUGAAACAAAGGGACAGAAGACACUGGGAGGAUGCCUGUCUGCUGUCAGAUCCCAAAUGGUCUGCAGGAGGUAUUGGAGCUGAUUCGUCUGUUCUACCACAGGGCUGGAAUGGAGGGGAGCAGAUCUUCUCACUUUGACCUCUCUGAAUAAAGAAGAAUAUUUAAAUGGGAAAUGAUAUUAUUAAGGACUGGCCAGAAUGCAGGAAUUUUGUCUUACAACAAAAUUGAGGUUUUACUUUUGUUUUUAUUUGACAUCAGAAAAAAAAACAACGAAAAAACCAGAAGCCUUUUCACUGCAAAAAGAGCCAUACCCACAAGGUUGAAAUCGACGCAGGAUUACCAGUAACCUAAUGACUGAGUCAUUUCCCUGGGCUGUAGAGGAUGGAUAUUUACGCUUAGUUGUCUACCUGGUUAAGAGAAUCUUCGUACUUGAAUUUCUCUUGUUCCCGGCAAGUGACCAUCAUGUUGCUGAGUCAGUCUCUGUUUCACUGUGGUUGGAAAAAUGGAAGAACUCAAUAGGAGAGAUUGGUUUUUGAUAGUUGUGUUUCUCUCUCACUAAAAUUUCAAAAAUAAAUUUGACUUUGAGAAAAAUUCAGUGAAACAAAUGCUUUU